AGCAGGUAAUUGUUGCUGGCAGAUCAAUUUUCUAGUAUAAAUACGUCCACUAUUCAUUGAAAAGUUACAUUUUCAUUUGUUCUUUAUUUCUGACCUUUUUGGAUUUAUAUGUUCCUUUUUUUAUGAAGAUAUCUAUUUUAAGUAGUGAUUCAUAAAUUGAAAUCAUUCUGGCCAGAUCAUCUUAUCAAGAUGAAAAAUGCUCUAGAAAACGUUCCUCUUCAAAUAAUGCCAACCUACAAACUGACCUACUUUGAUGGCCGUGGACUCGCCGAGCCGGCGCGAAUGCUCUUCCAUCUUGGUGGAGUUCCAUUUGAAGAUUCAAGAAUUCCAGUUGACAUGAAAACGGGAUUGAUAAUGAACCCGGAGCUUGCGGAUGUUAAGAAAAAAGCCCCAUUCGGAAAGUAUCCAGUUUUAAAAAUCGAUGAUAUAGAAAUUGCUCAGUCAGCUGCUAUCAAUCGUUACCUUGCGAGACAAUUCGGAUUUGCUGGAAAAAAUCCCAUAGAGGAAGCUCAAGCGGAUUCCUAUAUCGAUCAAUGCCAAGAGUAUAACACUUCAUUCCGCGCAUGCAUGUAUGCAACUCUUCAAGGAAAACCCGAAGAAGAAGUUCAAAAAAUUCGCGAAGAAGUCUACAUACCUGCUCAAAACAAGUUUUAUGAAAUAUUCAGUGACAUUUUGAACCGUAACAAGUCUGGAUUUCUUGUUGGUGACAGCCUUACUUGGGCUGAUCUUGUCAUUGCGGAUCAUUUGUACAGCUUGGAUACUAUGGGAAUGCUGACGCAUGAAGAUGCAUGGAGAUGUGAGACAUUGAAGAAAUUUCAAGAGAAGAUAUAUGAGCAUCCAUUGUUGAAAGGAUACAUUGCGUCAAGGCCAAAAGGAGCUUUUUGAUAAUUUUAAAUUUCUGUAAAGAUACACAAAGUUUCAAUUUUUUUUAAAUAAAAAUCAAAUUAAUAAGCUUUAAAA